AUGAGUGCUGCUAAUCGUUCCCAACCGAUCAAGUUGAACAGGCCUGUCGUAGGCAAAGCACGAAAGUUGAAGGAUCUCAUGCUGAAAAGUGACAAUCGAGUGUGUGCUGAUUGUAGUGCACCUGACCCCAAAUGGGCGUCUUCUAAUAUCGGAGUAUUUCUUUGCUUAAAAUGUGGAGACGUCCACAGGGCCCUUGGACAAGACAUUUCAAACGUUUUGUCUUUAACUUUGGAUGAUUGGUCUGAUAGUGAUAUUGACUCCAUGAUUGAGGUUGGUGGAAACUCAUAUGCAAAUUCAAUUUAUGAGGCUUUUCUUCCAAAAGAUCACCCAAAACCUAAACCAGACUCACCAAUGGAAUAUCGUACCAAAUUUAUAAGAGCCAAGUAUGAAACACAAGAUUUUCUGAAGCCAAGUUUGCGCAUUAGCUCAAAGGCAGGUUUAGAAUCUACCAAAUCUCUGAACAGUGUGGAUAAUAGUUUCUCUAGCACUUCAAGGAAGCAUGCCCCAGAAGAUACAAGAGAAUUUGUUGGACAACUGAACAUUACAGUGGUAAAAGGUUCUGGGUUGGCGGUCAGAGAUAUGCUUACAAGUGAUCCUUAUGUUGUUUUAAGUCUUGGAGAGCAGAAGGCUCAAACAACAGUUAAAGCGAGUGACCUGAACCCGGUAUGGAAUGAGGUUCUUAAUCUAUCAGUUCCUCGAAAUUAUGGACCUUUAAAACUUGAAGUGUAUGAUCACGACACUUUCUCUGCUGACGAUAUCAUGGGGGAAGCAGAGAUAGAUCUGAAGCCAAUGAUCACAGCUGCUAUGGCCUUUGGAGACCCGUCGCGUCACGCGGACAUGCAAAUUGGAAGGUGGUUCAUGACCAGAGACAAUUGCCUGUUGAGCGACAGCAUUGUCAAUAUUUCGUCGGGAAAGGUAAAGCAGGAAGUUUACCUAAAGCUGCAGAACUUGGUCGCAGCUAGCUUCUCUCGGGGCCGAACACCCCCAUGGCAGAGCCAACGGAGGCGAAGCCGCAGGCGACCAGGCAGCCGGCGCUGA